UUUCUGAUAUUCUCGCUCUUGUGGAUCCGUACACGGCAAGCUCGACUCCCCUCAAUGCCUUCAACUCGGAGAAGUAUUGCCCUGAGCCACCCCUCUUUCGAUUUGGUUAAGCGCAACAUUAGAUCGAGCUGCUAUACCUUUCCCCAGUUGCAGAAAGCUCACCUUUUAUUUUUCAUUUUUUUGGUGGUUGUUCUGUAAUCUGGAUAAAAUCCGAGCAUAGAGGAGUAAAUUCCGGCUUUGUUCUGAGUUCGGCUUGCAACUUCAACUGUGCUCGAGUUUUGAUUGGGUCAGAAAUGUUUCGUUCAAUUGGGAUUUUUCAGAAGAGCCGUGCGAUCGAUUCGAACAACUAAAAGUUGUCCAAGAGUGAUCUGAGAAUCUAAGUCAAAUUUCUGCCUUACCUGUGGCUGGUGGUAGAUAUUGUACAUCUUCUAAUCCAUGCAUCUAGAAGUGAAAUGAGGUGCAAUGCUUGUUGGCGAGAAUUGGAAGGGCAAGCUGUAUCAACCACCUGUGGCCAUCUCUUCUGCACUGAAGACGCAAACAAGAUAAUCAGCAAUGAUGCCGCCUGUCCUGUAUGUGAUCAAGUGCUCUCCAAAAGCCUUAUGAGACAAGUGGAUAUAAAUCCUGGCGAUGAAUGGAUAAAUAUGGUAAUGGCUGGAGUUUCUCCACAAGUACUUAUGAAGAGUGCAUAUAGGAGUGUAAUGUUUUACAAUGGACAAAAGGAACUAGAGAUGCAGUACAAAAUGAACAAGAUUAUUGGUCAGUGUCGUCAGAAAUGUGAGGCCCUGCAUGAAAAGUUCACUGAGAAACUAGAGCAAGUUCAUACUGCAUACCAAAAGAUGGCCAAAAAGUGCCAGAUGAUGGAAAAAGAGAUUGAAAGCUUAUCAAAAGAUAAGCAAGAACUACAAGAAAAAUACGCUGAAAAAUCUAGGCAGAAAAGAAAACUUGAUGAGAUGUAUGACAAGUUGAGGAGUGAGUAUGAGUCAGUGAAGCGUUCAUCAGUCCAACCAGCAAACUUCUUUUCUAGAGCUGAGCCAGACUUAUUUUCAAGCAUGGCUAACAUGAUGGAUGGUAGAGCUACCGUUGGACAAGAUCGAUCGGUUUUCACUCCUGAAACUCCAGGUCAGAGAGAGGAAAUAUGGCCCUCAACCAGACAGAAGAACUCCAGCUCCAGUGCCUUUGAUCUUUCAGGAGGCUCACCAGCAAAAACAGCACCAGGUCCUGUGGAUACUGGAACUAGAAGGCAGACAGGGUCUCUCUUUGGAGCUGGUGUGAGGAAUCCUACAGCAACUCUUCGGAAUCUCAUAAUCUCACCCAUGAAGAGACCCCAAUUAUCACGCAACCACCCUCAUAUAUUCACGCUGUAGAACGAGAGAAGCAGUUGGGUUGGCCUGUACAGAUAUUGCUAUUAUCUCCGUCGGAAUGUCUACAUCCUGGGCCAGAAAUGGAGGUUUGAACAUAUUAAAAUUUGGUGAAUUCAAGAAAAUUUUCGUAGUUCGAUCAAACAAGUUAACUGAGUUGUUUUUUUUCUUUUAUGGGCACAAUUGUACUAUAAUGCAUAACAAGAAAUUGCCACAUCACAGAAUGAGAUGGAAUAUUGGGUAAAAGAAUAUUCCUCCCCGUGUCAUCUCUUGGAUACGUGGUAAAACAUUAUCCUAUCAAGUAGAAGGAUGUCUGUUCUUGGCUUG